GCCCCCCCCCCCCUCUCCCGGUUGGACGGGAGAAGCGAGUGAAAGCAGGACAGGGAAACACGGCGCGGAACACUACGGGGAGCUUAGCAGUGGAUGACAGAUCUUCUGGGGACUUGACAUUAAGACAACAGACCCCCGUUGCGGUGGUGACCGAGCUUGACUCUAGACCCGUGAGCCGAUCUCUGAGGAACAGAAGACCAUGUUGCACCUGAAGAAAUACUUCACAGACGGCCUCAUCCAGGUGGCCAUCCUGCUCAGCCUCUGCGGCGUGAGGGUCGACGUCGGACUGGAGCCCUAUCUACCUCCCUCCUGGCACGAGAUGAUCUUGGGUCCGACCUCAGCGCUGACACAGAUGCAGUUUCACAACCGCCUGGGGGACGACCACGAACCGCACCCCAAGAGCAUGGACCUGGAGGGCUUCUUUACGACGCGAAGGCUGCUGGGCUGGGUCCACUCUCUGGACAGACUACAGGUUCCUUACACAGAACUGGAGACCUGGCUGGUCCAACGGGAGGCUGAUCCUCUUCCCAUGGUAUGUCCAGACCUGGAAAGAGCACCAGAAAGAGACCGCACUGCCCCAGCUGUGGAAGCCACAGCUAACCGUGGUACCCUGCAGGAAGAAGAGGAGGAAGAUAAAGAGACUUCUGUCUCCCUUCAGGAGUGUUUGAGGUUGUUGGAGGGAACCUUUGACGUGCCAGAAGAACAACAGUUACGUGAUGUUGGUGGUAGAAGCAGAGAUGUGGAGCAUCAGCCAUCAGGUAGAGACGCCCUGUUGUCCCAUAACACCCCAACUGGUAACCUUUCCCUGGACCUUGAGAACCACUGGCAGGACCUGUUGGCUAUCAUGGACCCCGAGAACGCAGAUGUUGGUAUGAUGACUUCAUUUGAACUCAGCCAAAAUUCCAGAGCGAUUGAGACCCACCAGAGUGUUGGGUCUGAAGCUCUGCGUCAAAACCGCAAUGACCAUGACAACAGUAUAACAAAGGCUGAGCAGGAUGUCCUUUUAUCGGAGACUUCCAUGCAGCACGGUUUGUUGGGGCCUAAAGGGCAGUCAGUGCAAAAGCCAGCCCUGCUUCCCCUAACACCCAGUACAGAGUUGGAUAACCAAAGUUCAGCCUUAAACUCAAGGGACACUUUGAAAAACUCCAACAUGAAUCCCUUGCACAGUCUUCCAGACCAUACACAUCUGCUUGAUCAAGAUCCUUUAAAAGAUUUCUACUUGGCACUGAAUGCAGAAGAUAACUUCAGUGCCCUCAACAUGAAUCUGCUAACACAAGGUCUUGUGGAUACCACGGAAGAAAGGGCAUAUUCAGAGUAUGCUCCUCCUAUGCUCCAAAAUGAUUCACGUGACUUGACACCUUCCAGUCUGACCCCAUCUCCACAGGCGAAUGGUAUCACUCAAGACCCUCUCACAUCAAUCUCUGGUUUCUUUUUGGUUGAUGAAGAGGAUGAUCUUGAUAAUGAAGAUGGUUUUCCUAGCCCACUGUGUGACCUCUUAGAAGAUGAUGUCAUCCUGGAUGAGAUGAGAUUGUUGGACCUGGCUCUGGAUGAAGGAUUCAGCCCUGUAAUGGCAGCCAAGCUGGAAGAGGAGGGCUUCCUUGGGAGUAAAAUUGCCCAACAGCAAACUGGUACAGAUGUUAACCACUCUGGCUUCAGAAUAGAAGAUAGGUGUCAAGCAAGAAGACAACAGGAUGUUGCAGUUGAGGGGGACUCAGACUCGGGUCUUUCUCUGGACUUUAGCCGCAGCCCUGCUUCUCCAUGUGCUUCCGAGGCCUCCUCGUAUUCAUCUUCCUCAACCUCCUCUUCAUCUUGUACAUCGGCCAUGGAAAGUCCCUUUUCUUCAGACAAAGAAGAAGACACUGAGGAAGGGUUAGUUUUUUCAGAUAUGGAAGUGGAGGUGACCAUAAAGCAGGAGGAGCUGGAAGAGGAGGAAAUGGGGGCAGUCGGAGGAGGUUACCCGGAAGAUGUUAAAAACCCCUUCUCUGUCAACUAUGGGGAUAACAAGCUGUAUAAUGGCUUUCCUUGGCUGGAGUAUAUCAGCCAUGAUCACUCGUACAACCUGGCCUGGUCAUCUGUCUCCUCUCCAUCUCAGGACAAGAUGUCUACCAAACCCUCCUUGCGAGAUGACAAUGCCAAGCCUUACCACCGCUCCUCUUCCAGGCACAUCUCCGAGAGCAAAAUGUGGAGCCGGGAUGAAAGGCGGGCCAGAACCCGGAAGAUCCCUUUCUCCAACGAGUUGAUUGUUAAUCUGCCAGUGGAGGAGUUUAAUGACCUACUGGCCAAUUACCAGCUCAACGAGGAGCAGCUUACACUAGUCAGGGACAUACGUCGCCGCGGUAAGAACAAAAUUGCAGCACAGAACUGCAGGAAGAGGAAACUGAAUGUGCUGUACGAUCUGGAAGACAGUGUGUCGGGUUUGAGGCGCUACCGUUCGCGGCUUCUCCGAGAGAAACAGGAAGCCCUGAAGAACCUGCAGGAAAGGAAGCGCCAAAUGGACGAGUUGUACCAGGAUGUGUUUUCCAGGCUAAGGGAUGACGAGGGGAUGCCGUUGAACGCCAUGGAGUACCUGCUUCAUUUUGAGUGUAACAAUAUCGUAUUGGUAAUUUCACACCAACAAGGUGCACCGCAACCACUGACAAAAAACGCCAAGAAACCGAGGGAUAAAAAAAAGUGAGACUUGGACAAAUCAUGUUCAGCAUGUUCUGGCUUCAGAAGCUUAGGGCAUUAACAUCAGUGGGAUCUAACCACAAACAAAGGUACUGAUAGGAGAUACUGAUGCGGUGGUAGAUGAGCUACAGGAAUUCUUUAUCUGUGUCAGUGGAGGAUGCUGAAAGGUACACUGAAAUAGAUAUCAUGCCUAAAAAGAUACCAUGAUAAUUUGUUAGUGUUUUUUUAUUUAAUGAUAUAGUGGGUGGCUGGGUUAAAAGUGAUCUAUGCUACUACAUAUUUGGAUGAAAACAACAGACUACCGAUUACCUGGGACCAGCACUUUAAAAUGUUAGUUCAAUGCCUAUGCACAAUGCUUUUUCAACACACUGAGCUGAACAAGAUAGCUGAAGGAUUGGAGAGGUGGAUUGUGGGUGUCGGCAAUAUAGCCUCUGGGCCAUUAAGGGGUGCUGGAUCACAGAAAGGGAAGUUGUGAUGAUACACCUGGCCUGGCUCUCACGUAGACACUUCAAUAGGCUUAACACAGUGGGCCACGGAGAUCAAACCUGUGUCGUUUUCAACCAAAGACCGACCAUUAGCCGAAUGUAUUGGAUAUUGGUCCUGGUUUUAGGAGUACCGCUCCUGCUUGACUGACUUUGAAGGUAUCAAAGAUAAUUCAGACAUUUUUAUCUAUAUAAGGGAGCUGCACCCAUGCUCACACCUGCCCUGAAACUCAGAAGGUCCCACACUUUUCUGAUAUUCUCAUAUAAAUAAAUUAAGAGCGGCCUGCAAGGAUUUUAUUUAACGUUCUGAAAGAAAAAUAUUUGUGGAAAUCAUAUUGUCCUGAUGUGCUGCAGGUGUCUCUGUGUAUGGUAGCUCCUGUCAUCGGUGUGUGAACAGGUGAAUGAUGUCAUCAUUAAAAAUACACAAUGCACAAUAGUCCAUUUAACUUUGUGGAUUCUGAUAAAACUAAGUACAGGGAACUAAACAUGGCAGCAGUCCUUGAUGCUGAUGGUUACAUAAAAAGACAUUUGCGGUUCUUCUAGAUUGUAUGUGAAAAUAAAUAGUUUAGACGAUAGCUUUUAACUAUUCAUGUUGUUUGCAAAGCAUUUAGAAUUUCUCGGGAAUUUCCUAAGCUAGAACAUGCUAGAAGUUACCAUUGUCUAGUCGGAGCUCUGACGAACGCAUUCAAUUUGUAAUAACGUUGAAUUCUUUUUAGAGAGGAACUUGUCCGAAUACGUUUUGUACCUGCUGGUAUUCAAGGAUGUGGGACCUUGUCUUGGGUAAAAUUUAAAAUAAAUUAUAUUUAUUUGAA